UUGGGACGCGUAAAUGGCAAAGUCCUGUUUGCAAAGGCUCGUCCAACGCGCCCCUCUGUUCGCCCUGGUUGUAACGCCGCUGCUGCUCUAUCUGCUUGAGCGGCCCGUGGUGACGAGGCACGGGCAUGCACACAGAGUCGUCGUCGGCGCCGCGUUCCCCGCUGCUCCAGUGCCGCUCGAGCAGUCUAGCCCGCCUCUGGUGGCUGCAGCUGCGCAGAAGCCCUCUCCGCCGCCUCCACCCGCUGUAAGCCCACCACCGCCAUCGCCACCGCCGCCACUGCCACCGCUUCGUUCACCGCCGCCGCCACCGCCGCCGCCACCACCGCCGCCGCCGCCGCCGCCGCUUCUCUCGCCACCGCCGCCACCAGCUCGCAGCCCCGUCCCAGACCUGAGCGCUCUGAUGCUCGGAGGGUGCGGGCGUGUAUUCAUCGACGGCGGCUCCAACAUGGGCGAGGCGGUCGGCGCGUUUGCCGACGGACGCUUCUUCAGCUGUGCGAUGCAGGCGCCGCCGCGCAACCACCGAGCGGCGUGGGCGAGCAUGGGCCGUGGGGAGAAGGAGGCGUCGAUGGGUCCGCUGCGGGAGCCGCGCUCCUUCUGCGUGCGCUCCUUCGAGGCUGCGCCGUCGCUGCUACCGCCGCUGCGCGAGGAGGAGGCCUCGCUCCGAGCGCGCGGUUUCGACGUCCGCUUUGUCGACGGCGCGCUGUCGAACCGGACGGUGCAAGCGACGCUAGCGAGACGGAGAGAUGGAGAGAUGGUCACGGAGGAGCGACACACGGGCACACGGGCAAGACUCUCAGCGGGCGGCCACACACUCUCCUCAGCGGCGGCGAAGCUGUGGGCCGCGGAGGAGGCGCGGCCGGUGUGGCGGUACGCCUCGCACCGCUGGGGUGAGACCGCCGCCUCCCUCGACUUUCGCGACGUGCACGUCGAGCGCAAGCCGCUGCCGCUCUCCUCCCGCACGGUCCUCGGCCGCUCGUACGACCUGAACGAGAUUGUGCGCGCCGUGGUCAAGGCCAACGCGUCGUCCGUCCUCGCGCUGCGGCUCGACGUCGAGGGCGGGGAGUGGUGGGUGCUGCGACGGCUGCUCGAUGAGCCAGGGCUGCUCUGCAGCGUCUCGUACAUCUUCGCCGAGUUCCACUCCGCCGCAUCUGCGCCUCAGAGGGAGCGGCUGCGCAGCUACGGCCUCGAGGCGGACGCCUUUGAGACGCUCAAGGAGCGGGUGCACGCGGCGAUGGAGGCGACGCCUGGCUGCCGCCUCCGCCUCUACUGGCGCUCCUUUUGGGCCUCCUGCGGCGACAAGCAGAGAUUCGAGUGGCGCGACGCGCCGCAGGCGAGAGACGUGGCCAGCCUCGGAGAGGAGGCGCUCCGGAAGAUGGGGCUGCCGUCGAGGCUGCGCGUCGUGAAGGGAUAA